CCUACUGAACCUGGCCAGUGUCAAUGAUGGCAAGACUCGCGAGUGCUGCACCACAUGCCUUGUGGAUCCUUUUCUUUUCAUACACAACGAAUGAAGUUAUGGCUGCAGGACGUGUACAGGAAUUUGCAUGCUUCACUGACUAUGACAAAGAGCUGAUUUGUCACUGGAAGGUGCCUGCACAAACAAAUUGCUCCAAAGAAUUCCUGCUCUACUAUGAGAACGAAUUUUUAUUUCUGCCGAAUGUAUGUGUCCCUGGGAACGUAAAAGACAGUUCGAGGUGCACUUGCACAAUAUAUCCGGAUUGUUUUGUAUCAGGCCUCACCUAUAUGCUAGCUCUGCAGUUCAAUGGGACUGAUACAUGGAAUUACAGUGUUACACCAUCUCUUGUUGUUAAGCCAAGGGCCCCCAAAAAUCUUGCCAUUGAGAAAACUGAAAAUGGUAAUUUCAAUCUGAGCUGGGAGGAGAGCUACUCUCCUUCCUCCAUGCUCUCUGGAAAGCCGGUCAUCUAUGAAGUGAAAUACUGGAGGAAGCAGCACCCUACAGAGGUUUCUAUAAAAGCAAUUAACUACGAGGCAAAAAGCUUUGAAAUUACUGCAAGCUCCUUGAGGAGAGGCUAUGAUUAUGUUGCAAGUGUAAGGUGUAACUAUACAGGCUACCCAGCCUACUGGAGUGAAUGGAGUGAAGAAGUUGAAUUUCACUGUGGUUACCAAAUAACAGCUGAAGGCAUCCUGCGUAUGGCUGUUCCCGUAUCCUGCAUACUGAUCAUGGCAGUGUCUGUAAUUUUUUACUUCUGUUUUACCAAGAGCUGCAAGAACUGUCUGGCUCAAAGUUUGUCAGGCCAAAACUUCAAGGUGCAAAACAUCAGGAAUGUUGAGAAAUCUUGCAGAUGCCACAGCAAGUCUGGAGAGUGGUUUCCAAAAGGCAGCAGUGCAGUUUUAACCCCUGAGAAAAUUCAGGUUGAGGAGUCUGUAGAAGUCUGUGAACGUUUAACAAACAUUGAGGCUGAGAGUCAGGAAGAGACUAGUGACCAGCUCACUGUGAUUGAGCCUUGUGAGAAUAGUGUCAGUGCUUUCAGAGAGCACACUGAACACAAUGAUGUACUAGCUAGCAUGUUUAUUGACAUCCUGACAGAUGAAAACAACAUGCAAGACAAUAAAGACCCACGCAUCAUCACAGGUGAGAAUCAAACUUUUCAGAAACUUCAGUCAGAAAAUCCAUCACAGCAAAAUCCAGAAGAAAGUGCAGCCCAAAGUCAGCAGCCAUGUGAUCUUUCUCAUACAGUCCCCCUCUUCACCAACGCCUCACAAGAUGACUACAACUGUAGUACAGGCAGCAAGAAGUCAGAACAAUCAGAAGAAUCUUUUGAAUCUGGCUAUCGGAGCUCUAGCAUAAAUUCUGCUCUGGAUGCAAGAGAUCUUCAACAUAUGGUUAAUCAAAGCCUUUUUGCAUGCAGUUCUGAAAGUCAACAGGACUCCUGUGUCCUGAUCCAGGAAUCUCCAAAUAAACUAUCCUUUGGGACAAAAAAAGACAGAGUAAGCAGCCCUGCAUACAGGAGUUUUGAUACCCUUGUGUCUUCAUCCAAGGGGCUGUGUAGUUCUGCAUAUAAGACUUUUGACACCCUUAUCUCUCCAUCAGUGGAGCCCUGUGGGUCUGCCUACAAGAGCUGUGACACCCUUAUGUCUUCAUCCGUGGAGCCCUGUGGGUCUGCCUACAAGAGCUGUGACACCCUUAUGUCUUCAUCCAUGGAGCCCCAUGGGUCAGCCUACAAGAGCUGUGACACCCUUAUGUCUUCGUCCGUGGAGCCCUGUGGGUCUGCCUACAAGAGCUGUGACACCCUUAUGUCUUCGUCCGUGGAGCCCCAUGGGUCAGCCUACAAGAGCUGUGACACCCUUAUGUCUUCGUCCGUGGAGCCCCAUGGGUCAGCCUACAAGAACUUCGAUAUUCUCGUGCCUGCAUUUAAGGAACCAAGUAGCUGUGUAUAUAAGAGCCUUGAUGUGCCUGCAUUUAAGGAACCAAGUAGCUGUGUGUAUAAGAGCCCUGACACCCUUAUGUCUCGGUCUGUGGCUAGCAGUAGCCUUACUCCGUGUUUGGAAGAUGUGUGCUCCUCACCACGUGUGACACGGUUUUCAGAGACACCAGAGCAUAACUGCAGAGAUCAAAUCUAUCGCCCGCCUCGCCACUACAGAUCUCCCUGCACUGAGCUUGAUUUUCAAAACACCUGUUCAGAACAUACGGAUUUUCCAUUGUUCUCCACACAUAUAAAUGGCAGUGCUUCAGCUUUCUUACCAGAGGAAGAAAUACAUAAGCAGGUAACCUAUCAAAAUGUUCAAAAGAAAACCAACAUAACUUCUGGUCCCAUUGGGCUUCAGCCGUCUGGCUAUCAAACUUCUGAUCGUGCAGUUAAAUGUAAUGGUACAUACUGUGACAACAACAGUGAGUUUAUCUCUGGGUCACUCUGUGAACCUUUCAUUAAUCUUUUGUACAAAAACCUGGGAGAAACACCUCUGGAUACUGUAAUCUGUGAACCUAGCCAGAGGACAGGUGACCCCCCAGGUUUGACUGUGGAGUGUUUUGACUGCAGCACUGUCCCAGGUUUAGCCUCUAGUGAGAAUGUCACACAGACCAGUGAUGGCAGCCUUUGGAUCGUCAGCUCUAAUGAGCUGUCUGGUGGUAGCAAAGAUGAAGAUACCAGCAGAAAUGAACAGAUGUUGCAUUUGCUAGAGCUGAACCAUCAGGAUUUUAACAGCAGAGAAAGAACUAUAAAGGAGACAAAACCUAACAGCUUUAACGAUACUGGUAAAGGAAUGCAAGAGAGCAGCAGCAACAGACUAAAUAUUGACUUUAACUGCAUGCACAACCACUUCAGGAAACUUGGAAAUGCAGGGGAAAACAAAGAGAUGAUAAAGCAUGUGGUUGGCAGGAGGUGUGGCUCAGCAGCUGGCUUACCAGAAGAAUCACUGGGCAGAACUGAGCUGAACUUUAAAACUGCAGAGCCUCUGGAGCUCCUCGUCUCAGACAAGUUGUCACCUUCUCUUUUUGUGGAUGACUCCUGUCCUUCUCAGACCAGUCACAGUACGGGCUCCAGGCUGGCACCUGCAGUUAAAAAAAGACCAGUAGAACUAUUGAGGGAAAACAACAGGAAGAAUGAGAAAAAAAUGAAACUUGUACAAGCCCUUGCACAGGAGGACAAUUGCUACAUGAAGGUAGCCUAG